AUGAGUUCCCCUGGCAACCAGGAGUCCCAGCUGGGACAGGAAUCAGCAGGUCAAUCAGAGGAAUCUCACAGGCAUGAACCAAGGAUAGAUGUUUCUAGUCUCCUGUCCAAGUGGAAUGAUCUAUCGAAAGGCUCUGGUGUGUCCAGUGCUCCAUCCAUGAGGAGUGAUCGAUCUAAAGACCACGCCCCAGACCUGACGGAAAGUGGAAGUCGUGCUUUCCAGGUUGAUUUCAGGAAGGAACCAAUGUCUGGUGUGUCCAGAGCUCCAUCCAUGAGGAGUGAUCGGUCUAAAGACCAAGCCCCAGACCUGGCAGAAGAGGACAGGUCCCUUGUCCCCAGUGCUCCAUCCAUGAGGAGUGAUCGGUCUAAAGACCACGCCCCAGACCUGGCAGAUGAGGAGAGUGCUCCAUCCAUGAGAAGUAAUCGGUCUAAAGACCACGCCCCAGACCUGACAGGAGAGGACAGAGAGCUAGAGUGGAGAUGUGAGCAAGAAACCAGCGAUCAGGAUAAGCAACAGGAUCUACCUCACAUUUUUAAGGUGCUCGAGGUGAAGAUCAUCACCUUUGUAAAAAAUGAGCUGCAGAGGUUUAAGCAGAUUCUUAGUCCAGACUACCAAGAACAUUUUGAGAUGAAAUCAGAAGAAGAGAGUGAUGCCAGAGAAGGAGUUCUCAAGAUGGCAGUGCACUUCCUCUGUAAGAUGAAGCACCAGGAUCUUGCCAACACAUUAAAUGAAAAUGAGAUGAAUGUAUGUUGCCAGAAUGGCUUGAAAAGAAAUCUCAAGAACAAGUACCAGAAUGUGUUUGAAGGAAUAGCCAAACAUGGAAACUCUGUUCUGCUGCAAAAGAUAUACACAGAUCUUUACAUCACAGAGGGAGGAAGUGGCAAAGUAAAUGAGGAGCAUGAAGUCAGACAGAUAGAGUCCAGAUGCAAGAGACCGGCUGGAAAAGAGAAACCAUUCAAAUGUGCUGAUGUCUUUAAACCUUCAUCAAGUCAGGACAAACCAGUCAGAAGAGUUCUCACAAAGGGGGUGGCUGGUAUUGGCAAAACUAUCUCUGUGCACAAGUACAUCCUGGACUGGGCUGAGGGAAAUGACAACCAAGAGAUCAAUUUCAUCUUCCCACUGAGCUUUAGGGAGCUCAACAUCAUAAAAGACAAAGACUGGUCUUUCAUGGAUCUUCUUCACUACUUCUUUCCAGAGCUAAAACAUCUAUCCAUUGGCAAUCAGAAGAAAUAUAAUGUGCUUUUUGUAUUUGAUGGACUGGAUGAGUGUCGACUUCAACUCAACUUUCAGGGAAAUGAGAGUUGUACUGACAUGACAGUGAAUAACUCAUUGGGUGUGCUCUUGACAAAUCUACUGAAGGGUAAUAUGUUCCCCUCUGCCCUACUAUGGAUAACUUCUCGACCAGCAGCAGUCGGCAAAAUCCCUCCUGAUUGUGUUGACCUGGUGACUGAAGUGCAAGGGUUCAAUGACUCCCAGAAGGAGGAGUAUUUCGGGAAGAAGAUCAGUGAUGAGAGUCUUGCGAGAAGAACCAUUUUACACAUUAAAUCAUCAAGGAGCCUCCACAUCAUGUGCCACAUACCUGUGUUUUGUUGGAUCGCUGCUACAGUUCUUGAGAUGAUUUUUUCCUUAGGAAGCACAAACAUUCCAAAGACUUUGACAGAAAUGUACACAUAUUUCCUCACUUUUCAAACCAGACAGAAAAACACCAAAUUUGACAAUGUGCAUGGCCUUGAUCCACAAUGGAACCAUGAGCUGGUCCUAAAUCUCGGAAAGCUAGCCUAUGAACAGUUGCAGAAGGGCAAUCUGAUAUUUUAUGAAGAAGACCUCACAGAGUGUGGCAUUGAUGUCAGUGAGGCAGCAGUAUAUUCUGGCAUGUGCUCACAGCUCUUCCGAGAGGAAUCAGGGAUCCUUCUAGGGAGUGUCUUCUGCUUUGUGCAUCUCACUAUCCAGGAGUAUCUCGCAGCUCUUUAUGCGCUGUUGAUGGCAGUUGAAAGUAAAGAUAUAAUAUCCACACCGUGUUCACCUACAAUGGCAGAAUCAAUGAUCAUUUUGCAGAAGAGUGCUGUAGACAAAGCUUUGGCUCAUGAAGAUGGACGCUUCGACCUCUUCCUUCGCUUCCUUCUUGGCCUCUCUCUGGAAUCAAAUCAGUCUCUUCUUCAUGGCCUAUUACAGAGAAGACAAGAGAUGGGCAAUGAUGACACAAUCAGGUACAUCAAAGAGAAGAUUAAGGAUGCAUCUUCCUCAGAAAGGAUGAUCAACCUCUUCUAUUGCCUGAAUGAACUCAAUGACCACUCCUUAAUGGACGAAAUCCAGAGCUUCCUUACUGCAGGGACACUUGCUGAAGCCCAGCUCUCACCUGGUCAGUGGUCAGCUCUAGUGUUUGUGCUGCUGACAUCAGACCAGAAUCUGGAUGUCUUUGACUUGAAGAAGUAUGUCAGAUCUGAUGAAGCUCUCCUGAGACUGAAGUCAGUAAUAGAGGAAUCCCACACAACAUUGGUCAACAACUGUGGGCUCACUGAAGAGAGCUGUACAACACUCGCCUCCAUCCUCUGCAAAGAAUCAUCAAAGCUCAGAUCACUGGAUCUCAGUGACAACCACAUUGGAGAUAUCGGAGUCAAGACAUUGUCUACUGGGCUGGAGAACCCAAACUGUGCUCUGGAGACCCUGAGGAUAGAGUCCUGCAGUAUAACAGAAGAAGGCUCUAAUGUUCUGACUUCAGCUCUGAUAUCAAACCCCUCACACCUGAUAGAGCUGUAUCUGGGUAGUAAUAAACUAGGAGACUCUGGAGUGAAGCAGCUCUCUAAUCUACUCAGAAAUGAAGACUGUAAACUACAGAAACUGGGGCUUAGGGGCUGCAAUAUGACAAAAGACGGCUGUGUUUCAGUCCUGACGUCAAACCCCUCACACCUGACAGUGCUGGAUCUGAGUAAAAAUGAACUAGGAGACUCUGGUGUGAAGCAGAUCUCCGCGCUAUUCAGGAAUCCAGACUGUAAACUACAGGAACUGUGUCUUGAGUCCUGCGAUAUCACAGAAGAGGGCUGUGCUGAUCUGACUUCAGCUCUGACAUCAAACCCAUUACACUUAAUACAGCUGUAUAUGGGUGGUAAUAAACUUGGAGAUUUGGGUGUGAAGCAGAUAUCUGCUCUACUCCAGAAUACAGACUCUAAACUACAGACACUGGGCUUGUCAGACUGUGGUGUAACAGGAGAAGGAUAUGCUGCUCUGGCCUCAGCUCUCAAAUCAAACCCUUCAUGCCUGGAGGAGCUGGACCUGAGAGGAAACGACCCUGGACACUCUGAAGUGAAAUUACUGACUGAUUUACUACAGGAGCCUGUCUGUAAACUACAGAGACUAAGCUUGUCAGACUGUGGUGUAACAGGAGAAGGAUAUGCUGCUCUGGCUGUAGCUCUCAAAUCAAACCCCUCACACCUGGAGGAGCUGGACCUGAGAGGAAAUGAUCCUGGACACUCUGAAGUGAAAUUACUGAUUGAUUUACUACAGGAUCCUACCUGUAAACUACAGAGACUAAGCUUGUCAGACUGUGGUGUAACAGGAGAAGGAUAUGCUGCUCUGGCUGUAGCUCUCAAAUCAAACCCCUCACACCUGGAGGAGCUGGACCUGAGAGGAAAUGAUCCUGGACACUCUGAAGUGAAAUUACUGAUUGAUUUGCUAGAGGAUCCUACCUGUAAACUACAGAGACUAAGCUUGUCAGGCUGUGGUGUAACAGGAGAAGGAUAUGCUGCUCUGGCUGCAGCUCUCAAAUCAAACCCUUCACACCUGGAGGAGCUGGACCUGAGAGGAAACGACCCUGGACACUCUGAAGUGAAAUUACUCACUGAUUUACUAGGGGAUCCUGCCUAUAAACUACAGAGAUUGAGACUGUUGGCUAGUGAUGAAGCAGAUGAAGCCCUUGUGUAUCUGACUUCAGUUCAUGGUGGAAACCCCUUAAUGCUGACGGAACUGGACCUGAGAGGGAAGAUAACAGGAGACUCAGGAGUGAAGCAGCUCUGUCCUCUACUGGAGGAUUCACACUGCAGACUUACGACAAUCAAGACCUCCAGAUAA